GCGCACGCGCAGUGCAGUAAGGCGUGUGUCCGGAACAAUGUUUUUGGCUCUCGAGCAGUGACAGUUGUGUAGGUUUAAAAGAGUAAGUUAUAUUUCCUUUUGCUCACAAUGCCCGGAUAAGAAACUCCCGGAGACUUCAGGAUGGAGAUGUGCUUAGAGGCGGACAGUGUGGAGAAAAGGCGUGAACACUGGAAGCUCCUGUUGAACUUGAAGACGACCGUUGAAGGUCUUUUAUCCACAAAUAACCCCAAUGUUUGGUCUCGUUAUGGAGGACUGCAGCGACUGCACAAAGACAUGACCAACAUCCUGAGUCAUGGCCUCAAACAUGAACAGGUGUACUAUAAGCAGAAGGAUUACUGGCGCUUUGUGUGGUGUCUGCGGUCCAUCAGUCCCAAUCUUGCUCCUCAUGUAGAACCGUUCAGUCAGAUGGAGCCGGUGUUGAGCAGCAGUGUUCAGGGAGAGAGUGAUAAGGCCGAGCGUUGGCUCCUCCACAGCCUGCAAAGUCACACACUUUCUAUGCAACUAAAACCCCUGAUCACACAACGCAGCACUACCCGCAAGUACUAUACAGACGAAGCGUUUCUUCUGAGUGAUAUGCACGUGGCAGCCAUGUUUCAAUGUUUGGAGGCAGUGGAGAAAAAUGAUGCACGACUGCUCGCCCUCAUCAACACUACCCGCCUUUCCCAUUUGAAGGAGUGCGUUCCUGUGGACCUGCUCACCACCCAGCAGCAUGUGUUGCCUGGAGCUUCCACAUGCACACACACUCCAUCUGGCUCGUUCAGAGACGGUGCACACACUGUGUAUUCUGAGAGGAAUUCAGAUGCAUCUGGGUGUGAUUGUGGCUCAGGGGUUCCGUGGGCUUGUUUAAGCACCAACGAAAGCAACCUGGACCCAGCGACGACCCAGAAUGCACAGACUGACUCCAACCAUACUGCUAACCCCGCCCCUUCUGAGGUUGGGGACUGUGAUGGUAAUGACGGCCCCGAGUAUCUAGCCAUAGGGAACCUGGGUAGGCGAAGCCGCAGAGGUUCCAGCAGCUCAACCCAAAACAACGAGCAUGUUCAGGUCAGGUGUGAUGCUCCAGAAGCUCCAGCCCCUUCCCAAAGACGCAGCUCUUUCUCAGAUAUGGAAAGGGGAAAAAGACGAAGCUUCAGGGGUCAUGCAAGGUCACUGUCUGAUACAGGGGUCAUGCAGAAGCACAAACAAGAGACGGUUGUAGACGAGCAGAGUGUGAGUUUUGGGCCUUUCUCCCCUCACAGCAGUGACAGCAGUCAUAGUUCUCUUUACAUGGAGGCCGGAGGUCUUCAGUAUGGUAGCGGGUGGCAAUCUGAUGGAUUGUUCCGGAAACCAUCAGAGGGUCAGAGUCUGAUCAGCUACCUGUCAGAGCAGGACUUUGGCAGCUGUGCAGAUCUAGAGAAGGAGAACGCACAUUUCAGCAUCUCUGAAUCGCUGAUUGCUGCCAUCGAGCUGAUGAAAUGUAAGAUGAGGGCAGAGGAGGCAGACGAGGAUGGAGACAGCGACAGUGAGAUCCAGCAGCUCAAACAGAAGAUCUAUCUGCGCAGACAGCAGAUCCGCCGCAGCCGUAUGCAAACGUCCAGCUCCACCAACCCCACUCUUCCAUCCACAGAAAGUGGUGGAUCUGUGCGGAGUUCCAGGGAUUCUGUGCUUAACUCUGACUCUGGAUCAUCUGAUGAUGUGGAGGAUCCUGUGCUUAGAGAUUCAGAUAUUAAACGGAGUACAACCCUGAGCAGCAGGUCCUUUAUCAGCUCUGAGUCUGUGUCUCAGUGGCUGUUGCAGUCGAAUAGUGCUGAAUCAGUUGCAAUGGGGCUGCUGCGUCAGUUUGAGGGUCUGCAGCUUCCUGCUGCCUCUGAACUUGAGUGGCUUGUCCCUGAACACGAUGCUCCUCAGAAGCUACUGCCGAUGCCUGACUCUGUGCCAAUCUCUCCGGAUGACGGUGAACACGCUGACGUGUACAAACUGCGAAUCCGUGUGAGGGGGAAUCUGGAGUGGGCACCACCCAGGCCUCAGAUCAUCUUUAACGUCCAUCAUGCACACAAGAGGAAAGUGUUGGUGAUGAAGCAGAAUUACAGGUGUGCAGGGUGUGGAACUCGUGUUGACCCAGAUUACAUCAAAAGGAUGCGUUACUGCGAGUACCUAGGCCGGUAUUUUUGUCAGUGUUGCCAUGAUAACGCAGUUGCUGUGGUGCCUGGGCGGGUCCUGACUAAAUGGGAUUUCGGGAAAUAUUAUGUCAGUAACUUUGCCCGAGACCUGCUGGGAAAAAUUGCCCAGGAUCCUUUGUUCAACCUCAACGACAUCAACAGCGGCUUGUACAAGAAGGUGAAGAGCUUGGAGGCUGUUAGGGUGUUGAGGCUGCAGCUGUACCACUUGAAGAACCUCUUUAAAACCUGCCGCCUGGCCAAAGAACCCCUACAGCACUUUGACUCAGUUUCUGCACACCUGACUGAAGACCUCCACCUGUUCUCACUGAAUGAUCUGUCAGCUGUGCGCUCUGGUGGCCUCGCACCCAAACUGCGGGACUUGGUUCGGGUGGGAUCCGAGCAUGUCACUUCCUGUAUGUUGUGUCAGGCUAAGGGAUUCGUGUGUGAAUUCUGUGGAAAUGAUAAGGACAUCAUCUUCCCCUUUGAGCUGAACAAGUGUCGCCGUUGUGAUGAGUGCAACGCAUGUUAUCACCGCUCGUGCUAUAAGAACAAGAGUGUGUGUCCACGGUGUCUCCGCCUGGCCGAGAGACGAGAGAGGAUGAACAGCACAAACACAGAGGAGGAGGAGUGGCAAUAACACAACACGCACACAAACACACACACACAUCCCUGCUUUAGAAAAAAAAGGUAUACAGUGCAAUGUCUUACUGCAGAUAAGCUGAUUCUGUCCAUUUUGUUAAAAAUAAAUGUUAUUUUUAGAGAUUUGUCACAUCAAAAAUGACUGUAAAUUAUUCCUUUUUUAUAUAUAUAUAUCUGUGUGUGUGUGUGUGUGUGUGUGUGUGUGUGUGCGUGUGUGUGUGUGUGUGUGUGGUGUGUGUGUGUGUGUGUAUUUCAUCAGCACUUUGUGUUUUACAUUGCACCAGAUGUUUUAAUCAGGUAACACAGCAGCUCUCACUGAUGCUUCUGCUCCAGGUGCAUUGUGGGUAAUAUAAUCAGAUCAGGAUUUUUAUGUAACCUGUUUUGAAAAUGUAUUACCUAAUGUUACUUGCAUGAUGCUAACUGUGAGUGAAAUCACUGUUGAGCUAGUGACACAAUUUUCUAAUGAUUCUAAUGUUCAGUCUGUGACUGAGUAUGUAAAUAAUCUUAUGGUAACAAACACCACUGUUGUGUGUGUGUGCGUGCGUGCGUGCGUGUGUGUGCGUGUGUGUUUGUGUAACGCGAUUAAGGCUCUUUCUGUUGCCCAAGCACAUUUUUUUUGUUCUUUUAUAUUUCAGCCUCUAAACUGAGGAAACGCCUCCUUCCUGAUUUUCUUCGCUUUUAUUUUAGAACACUUGGAGAUCAAAAUGCACUACUGAGAAAAUGUAUAUCAAAGUUAAAUAAUAUGAUAGAAAUUUCCUAUUAAAGAUGUUCUGACUGUUU